CGCCCACUUCCGGUCUCCUUUCCUGGCCGGCCGUUCGCAUCUUUGCGUUCUCCCUGGGCGGCUUCCCGGCGGCGAUGCGGCGAUGUUCGUGCAGGAGGACAAGAUCUUCGCGGCGAAGGUGCUGCGGGUCCGCGUCUGCGCCCUGGACGGCACCGAGUGGCUGGAGGAGGUGCCCGAGGACGCGGCCGUGGAGCGACUCAAAGAGCGCUGCCUCAAGCGCUGUGCACCUGGCAGCCUGGAGGAUCCAAAAUGUAUAACACACCAUAAAUUGAUACAUGCAGCAUCAGAAAAGGUGCUGACCGACACAAAAACAGUCCUGGAGGAAAAUAUUGAAGACCAAGAUGUUUUAGUGCUGGUCAAGAAAAGAGCUCCACCUGCCCCUCCAAAAAUGGUGGACAUUUCUGCAGAGGAAAAACGGAAACAGGAACAGAAGGCACCUGACAAGGAGGCAAUUCUGAAGGCAACCACCAGCCUCCCGUCCCACAGUGUGGACCGCAGUGUGGCUCACCACAGUAUGAGGGAUUUCCAGACGGAGCUUCGGAAGAUCUUGGUUUCUCUCAUAGAAGUUGCCCAGAAGCUGCUAGCUUUGAACCCAGAUGCAGUUGAGCUCUUUAAGAAAGCAAAUGCCAUGCUGGAUGAAGAUGAGGACGACCGAGUGGAUGAGAUUGCCUUGCGCCAACUGACAGAAAUGGGCUUCCCAGAAAGCAGAGCAGUCAAAGCCCUUCGCUUGAACCACAUGUCUGUGACUCAGGCCAUGGAGUGGCUGAUUGAACACUCGGAUGACCCCACCGUUGAUGCCCCCCUGCCAGGUCAGUUCUCUCUGGAAAAUGCCUCAGUGGAAGGAGUGGCAGCCACCCCUGCCCAGGCGCUCGAGGGGCCCAACCAAGAAGUGGGGAGAGAAGAGCCAAAAGAUGAGCUGACAGAAAUAUUCAAGAAGAUCCGCAGGAAAAGAGAGUUCCGGCCUGAUCCGCGGGCUGUCAUUGCCUUGAUGGAGAUGGGCUUUGAUGAGAGAGAGGUGGUGGAUGCCCUCCGAGUGAACAACAACCAGCAGAAUGCAGCAUGUGAGUGGCUGUUGGGAGACCGGAAGCCCACCCCAGAAGACUUAGACAAGGGGAUAGAUCCUGCCAGCCCCCUCUUCCAAGCCAUCCUAGAAAACCCAGUGGUACAGUUGGGACUUACAAAUCCUAAAACGCUACUCGCCUUUGAAGACAUGCUUGAAAACCCUUUAAACAGCACUCAGUGGAUGAACGAUCCAGAAACUGGGCCAGUCAUGUUACAAAUUUCCCGAAUCUUCCAGACACUGAAUCGCACAUAGGAGGAGGAGGAGGAGGAGAAGAAGAAGAAAAAGAAGAAGAAGAGGAAGAAGGAGGGGGGGGAGUAAAUUUCCUUGCUUGUAUGGUCAUUUUGGACUCUUUUUGGCUCUGUGUCUCCAGAAGAACAAAAAGGGCAAAUUGUUUACCAGGAGAGAGCAGAAGUAGUGUGUUGGGUGUUCACUCUUUGCAUUUUGGGGUUUGUUGUGUCACCCACUUUUUUGUUUGCAGUUCUGGCUUACAUACGGUGUGAUUAUUAUUAUUAUUAUUAUUACACACACACACACAC